CCAUCAUCUCCCUCCUCGCUGCGGCCGGCACGAUGCGGCGCACCCUCGCCCGUCUCUCCGCGCGCAUCGCGCCCGAUGCUCCCAGCGCUGCCUCCAGCAGCACGCCGUCCUUCGCCCGCCCCGACACGCCCGCCACGCGUCCGCCGCGCGCACAGUACGGCCAGGCCCUGCCGCACUCCCAUCCCCAUCUCUUCCCUCGCACCCUGCCCUUUCCCGCGCCCCCUCCUCUCUCCCUCUCCCUCUCAGGCGCCUCUGCGCCUGCACAGGCAGACGUGGCGCACGAGCAGCUCACGCCCGGCAUCCCCGCGGCCGAGUAUGCCGAGCGCAGAAGCAGGCUCAUGCAGAGCUUGCCCGAGGGCAGUGCUGUGCUCGUCAUGGCCGCACGCAUCAAGUGCAUGAGCGGCAACAUCAACUACCGCUUCCGGCAAGACUCCAACUUCUGGUACCUCACCGGCUGGCAAGAGCCCGAUGCCGCGCUGCUCCUCGAGUCCGCGCCCUCGUCGGCCAAGGGCUACAAGAUGACCAUGUUCGUCUCGCCGCGCGACUCGGUCUCCGAGCUCUGGAAUGGCCCGAGGAAUGGCAUUGAUGGCGCGAUGGAUGUGUUUGGCGCCGACCAGGCAUUCGCCAUGGAUCCCGUCGCACUGCAAGCGUACCUCAAGACGCUCCUCUCCUCCACUUCACACUUCUAUCUCGACUUGCCUUCCUCUCCCUCCUUUCCCCGCCGCAGUCGCUCCUCCUCCUCCUCUUCCACCUCUUCGGGCAAUCUCCUGACCUACCUCACUCCCUCUGCCUCCUCGCUCGACGUCUUCAGCAAAAAGUCCGACUUUGAUGCCCUCGUCAAGCUGCUGAAUGACAGCAAGCGCACACGAGCACUGGCGCCCUUUGUGGAGAAGUUGAGGUUGGUAAAGAGCAGGCAUGAACUGGGCGUGAUGAGGAAGGCAGGCGCGAUUGGAAGCAAGGGCAUGAGAGAGGUGAUGCGCUUUGCCGAGGUGGGCAGGAGCGAGGGACAGGUGCAGGCAACAUUCGAGCACCUCACCUCUCUCCACGGCGCCCAACGACCGGCGUAUGUUCCCGUCGUCGCCUCCGGACUCAACGCUCUGACGAUCCACUACAUCGCCAACGAGUCGCUACUGCAUGCCAACGAUCUCGUGUGCAUCGACGCCGGGCCCGAGGUCGACGGCUACGUCUCGGACAUCACUCGAGUCUUUCCCGUCUCUUCGCGCUUCUCGAGCGCACAGAAGGACCUCUACAGUGCGGUGCUGCGCGUGCUGAAGCAAUGCACCAGCCUCGCCACGGCGCAAAACGGAUACACGCAGGGCGAGCUGCAUCGCCGCAGCGUCGAGCUGCUGCGCGUCGAGCUCGAGAGGCUGGGCUUCAAUCUGCGCUCCGGCAUGCUGGAGCGUCUCUAUCCGCACUCGCUCUCGCACUGGCUCGGCAUCGACUUGCACGACACGCCAACUAUCGAGCGCGGCACUCGGCUGCAAGAAGGCCACGUCCUGACCAUCGAGCCUGCGGUAUACGUGCCGCAGGGAGACGAUGCGUUCCCAAAGGCCUUUUGGGGCAUGGGCAUUCGCAUUGAAGAUGACGUGGCGGUGGGGUAUGACAGCAACGUCGUCCUGUCGGCCGAAGCACCGAGAGAGGUGGAGGAUGUGGAGGCUGCGUGCGCAGGGUGGGAAGAGGGAGUGGAGAUUGUGAAGAGGGAGGUGAGCGAGCAAAUGAGAAGGACGCAAUAGAUGCCCCCCUUUGAAGCCAUG